AUGAAGACCGUGCGGGUUACAACAGACAUCGAACCGGAUACUGGAAACGCUCCCGAAUUUACAUGUGUACCAAUGACUGCGACCAACGACGAGGGUGCCACCCUUGAGCUUGACGACGGCUGUGUUCUUCACUAUGCGCCACCUGAAGCUACAUCAACCGAAGAAGCCGCUGCUCGUCUCCGUCGGGACGCUGAGACUGCCCCAGCAGACCGAAACGCAGGGCUCGGCCUGUUAGCCAGACAAGCGUCCUGCACGCCUUACACAACAUUCACACGGACAGUCUGGGAAACCGAAACAUCUACCGAAACUGGUACACGCACUGUUACGAUCCAGGGCGAAGACGGAACCUUUUCUUGCCCGGAGAUGGAGGUUACGAACGAUGUCGGAGACGUACUAGCUCUUGAUGCUGAGUGUGCCUUGUCGUUCUCUCCUGCUGAAGCUACCAGCACGGCUGACAGCGAGGAUACCACGGCGCAAGAUGAGCCAACGGCUGAUGAUCAGGGUGUCACGGCUACGGCGCAGAGUACAUCCAGUACCACUGCUUCUGCUCCCGGAGAGAGUCAAAGUGACAAUGCUGGCUCAGUCGAUGGAGUCCACGAGAUGAUGAUGGUGGGAUUCGCAGGAUUUUCUUUGCUUUGGAUUAUCUCCUAA